GCAAGCAGUCACCUACACAGGGAUUUUUCAGCCCGCCACAAGAGCCUCUCGCUUCCACAAGCCAGCGGACAAACACUACCAAGCUUUUGCAUCACAUUUUAACACUUCACCAACCUCGUCCGCUUGCCACCUACUCGCAUCCACUCGCCAGAUCCACUCUCCUCUCUCACUCCAACUCAUCCACCUGCAUCCACAUCGCGCAUGUUCUCCCUUCCGCCGAUACCCUCCCGUCUACCACGCGUCCACUCGCCCUUUCGGUGGAGCUGCCGACGCCAGAGCCACCUCCCUCAACCGCAGGGAUACGGACCUUGGACAAACAAUCGACAAGAACUUAAGCAGGAACUUAGACGCCAACUUAGGCGAGAACUUAGACAACAACCUCGCCCACAGCCACGACAAAAGCUUACUCAAGAACCUGGACCAAAGACCCGACGAGGAUCCCGACGAAACCUGGCGGGCCAAGAUCGCCCCCGGAACGCCGUACCUCGAAGCCUACGACAUCCUGGAGGAGUUCGCCGACGUCCUCCUUCUCCCAGACACCGAGGAGGAGGAGGAGGCGGAGGAGGAGGACACUGCCACGGUGCCCCAGAGUGCCUUCGCUGGAGACGACGCUGAAAGGGUGCCACCUGCCUCGUUCGCCCCCCUCCCAGCCUCCCUCAUCCCCGGCCCUAAGUCGUGGCCCCUUGUAGGAUGCCUCCCCUACAUGCUCAGGCACCCAGCCUUCGACCCGACCCGCGUGUACCUGUUCUGGCAAGCGCUGGCGCAGGAAUUCGGCCCGAUCUUCCGGAAGGACAUGCCCGGUCAUCCGAAUAUGGUGUUUAUAAGCAACCCGGAAGACGUGUGCGCCAUGUUCGAGGCCACGAGACGCGACCCGGUUCGACCUGGCUUGACCUCGCUCAAGAAGAUUCGGGAGGAGGGGAGGAGGGCGAGGGAGAGAAGAGAGAGAGGAGAGAGUCGCAGGGAGAGAGAGAGAGGAGAGAGUCGCAGGGAGAGAGGAAGGGGAGAGAGUAGCAGGGAGAGGGAGAGAGGUGAUGGAGGGAGGAGGACGAGAGAAGAGGAUGAGGAGAGGAGGAAGAGAGAAGAUGGGUGUCCUCGGGCGGGUGUGUUUGACGGUGGAGCGGGUAUUUUGGCUGAACAGGGCGAGGAGUGGUGGCGUGUCCGGCGUCGUGUCCAGAAGCCGAUCACCGACGCGGCCCUCGUCAGCCGCUACCUGCCGGACAUGGAUGACGUCGCCAGGGCCUUCGUCAGGAGAAUCAGGAGUCUGCGAGAUAAAGAAAACGAGGUACCGGCCACCUUCGUAAAUGAGAUCUAUAAGUGGGCAAUUGAGUCCUUAGCAACGGUGGUCCUCGAACGUCGCUUACACUGCAUCGAGGACGACCUUCGAGGAUCACCUGAGUCGUCUCAUCUCAUCCCCUUAGCCAAGCAAUUCCUCGACGCCUUGUACGAGACAGAAAACGUUAAGCUUUGGCAGUACUUCCCGACAACUUCUAUAACGAGGCUGAAGGACGCUCACGAUGUCUUCAGCGAAAUUGCCCUUCGAGCCAUAGAGGACACCGAGAGGGCACUAGCAUCCUGUAGGAGGGGGAGGGAUGAACCAAGGAGGCUGAGUCUGCUGGAGAACCUGUUAGAGACGCCUGGCUUAUCCAGAGGAGAUGUGAUUACCUUCCUUAUCGACUUGCUGGCGACGGGGAUCGAUACCACAUCCCAUUCUGUUUCUCACAUGCUUUACCUGCUGGCCAAAAAUCCCGAAGUGCAGGGGCGUGUCAUUCGCGAAGUCGAUGCCGAAGUUGGUAAACCCGAACACCUCUCGCCCGAACACAUAGCAAGGCUUACCUAUACUCGAGCUGCUUUUAGAGAGACACUGAGAAUUAUGCCCGUUGGUAUUGGGAUUACCAGGAAACUGAACCGUGACACUGUACUGGGGGGUUACCUGGUACCUAAAGGGUGGCAGGUCGUCGUUCCUUCGAUGCUCAUCAACCACAAGGACUCCAUAUUCCCGAGGGCGAGUGAAUUCCUACCCGAGAGGUUCCUCAGGGGGUCGCCUCUCGCCCCGACGCACAGCUACGCCUUCCUGCCUUUCUCCGUCGGCACCAGAAUGUGUAUAGGGAGACGCGUCGCUCAGCAGGAGAUCAUGUGCUUGAUGAUCAGGAUUCUGGGCGAAUUCACCGUGGUUUACAAACACGAGGAUAUUCACCUGAUUAAUAAACUAAGCUACAGACCCUCACACCCACUCAGGUUUACGUUUAAUGAUAGAAUUUAAAGUGGUGUGUGUGUGUGUGUGUGUGUUCGUUCGUUUUAAUAAAUGUUAUGUUGUGGUACUGUUGUGUUAUUGUUCUCUUGCUUUCUCGUAUAUAUGGUUGAUUAUCCUGGUAUCCUGUUUCUUCAUGAACUUUUCAACAAUUUUUAAUCUCAGCCUC